AUGCGUCUGCUCACGUUCUUGCUCAACCUGAAGAGGCGGCGGGAUCGGCGCUUAUGGCUAGAGGAGACGAUACCAUGGGCGCAGGCGGGGAAAGAGAUGGUUUUCAUCGAUGCAGUGGAGGGGGAUUCCGUAGCUGCCUGCCGUGAUCAAGUUCUCCUCCAUCAUGGCUUCAGGUUCAGGAAGGCAGGAGGAUGGCGGAUGAACUCGCUGGAGCUCGAGGGGCUGCAGGAGCGAUGGGUCGCACUGGGGCAAAAUCCUCCUGACGUGAUCGACCUCAUCGACUACCAUGCUCGAGAGGUCAGCGACCAGGAGCUCGCAUGCUUUGCCACACACCACCUGGCAUGGUGCCGAGCCGACGAGGUCCUUUGCGAGCCCGGGGGUGGGGAGAGCCUCUUCCUUAUCUUGGAGGAUGACGUCACCGUCUUCCCGACGUUUGUCAGGGAUCGCGAGCUUCAUCACCUCCGCUGGAGAGAGGUGCUGGCUGUGGUCGGGGAGGAGGUGGAGCGGCUGAAGAGGCAGUGUGUCCAGUGGGAUCUCUUGUACCUUGGCAGGAACUUGCAUGGCUACGACGGGCCCUCGGUCACGGAGCGGACCUGCCAUGCCGGGUUCAGCACGUGCGCUCAUGCGUACCUCCUCUCUUCCACGGGGGUGAGGAGACUGCUGUCGCUGGGCAUGCACGAUUGUGCGAUCCCGGUAGACGACCUCCUCCCUGCACUCUACUCAGAGCAUCCGAAAGCUCUGGUCAACCAGCUUGUGCGAUCCAAGAUCUCGGCAGCGAGAGGAGGCGCUCGUGCAGGGACAGCGGGGCGAUUCCUCCGAGCGCUUGCGUUCAAAGAGGAAAUGGUUUGGCAGUUGGAAACCUGCGUCAUCGGAAGAGAUGAUGAAAUCCUUCAACACAACGGCCGGGACCUCACGAACCCAACGUCCCUUCUCAUCCGCAGCAACAUCGCACAGACGAUCGUCUCUUCUAUAUCCUCCCUCAGUGCAACAUUGCUGGUCAAAAUCUUUGCGAUGGCCCUCGUGGAGUCGGAUGCUCCCGCCCCUGCUUCCAUGCUGGCGAUGCUGGUCGAGACCUGCAGGCUGUUCCGUGACGUCAUGACGAGAAAGCAACUAUGGCGAAAGGCGUUGCUGCAGUCGCUGCGAAGGGAGGAGGAGGAGCCUUGUGUUGUCUUCAGAUCCUCGUGGCUGGGAACGUACGUGUCAAUGUUGAGCUUACGUAUGAAUGCGUCGAGCAUCGUCUAUUUUGGGGCUCUCAGAUGUUGGAGGAGGAGCGGAGGGAGCGGGAGGAGCGGGGUCAACAGCAUCCUGAGGCGCAUGCGAAACUGCGGCGCAAGGUGGCUGCGGGAGAUAGAUAGCGUGAGGAUGGAAGAAGUGGAUGUCGGGGACUUCAAGAGGGUCUACGACAGGGGGAGGAGGCCGGCGAUGCUGCGAGGGUGUCAGCGGGCAAUGCUGGGAGGACGAGGAGAGUCGGAGCUCACGCUCGCUUGUCUGCUGGAGAUCUACGGGAAUAAGAAGUCAGCUGUUCUUGUGCCCGGGGCUCGAGACCCUCCGUACACGAUCAAGAUGAGUCUGGGGAACUACUGCGAAUACAUGAGGAGCUGCCGGGGGGAGGGCGAGCUAGGGGAGGCGGACAAGGAGGACCGAGGGGGUGAGGAGGAACAGCAGGAGCAGGAGAAAGAGCAGGAGGAGCAGAAGCAGGAAGAGGGAUAUGAACCUCUAUACUUCUUUGACGAUCAAGUUCCUCGCCUUCUUCUCGAUAUGAUUCGACCUCCUCCUACGUUUGACGACGACCUGUUAGAGCUGAUCGCGCACGAUCGUGAGCGAGAGAGGCGGGGGAGGGAGCGCGAGCAAGCUGGAGAGGAGGACGAGGAGGAGGAGGAUGAGAGGGAUCUGCUCGGGAAUCCCUCCCUCCUUGACGAGAGGCGGUGGCUGGUCAUCGGGCCAAGGGGAUCCGGAUCAAGAUGGCACGUGGACCCCAAGGGAACUUCUGCGUGGAAUUUUCUGAUCAGCGGCCGAAAGCUCUGGAUUAUGUGCAGAGACUGCAAGGAUGAGGAGGGAGAAGAGCUGAAUCCUCUUGGCGUCCUUUCGCUCCCUGCCCUCUCGGGGCAAGGAGGGAAAGUCGUAGAGCCUCCUCCUGUCCUCCAGUGGCUCAAGGGAACGCUGCUGCCUCUCCUGUGUGAGGAGGGAGAGGACGGGAAGGAGAAGAGUGGGAGAGGGGGAGAACAUGCCGGAAGAAAGCGAGGACGAGGAGAACAAAGUUCGGAGGACGGAGAGGAGAGCGAGGAGGAGGACGUAGAGGAGAGGAGGAGGGACUUGCUCAACUCUCGACCCUUCUUGUGGGGCAUCCAAGAGGCCGGAGACGUCGUCUUCAUCCCUCGCGGCUACUGGCACUGCGUCCUGAAUCUGGAGGACUCCGUCGCCUUCACUCAGAACUUCAUCAACUCCGCAAACUUGCGAUCUGCGAUGAAGAAGCUGGAGGAGGAGGAGCCAGGCAUGUGCAAGCUAAUAGCACGAGCAGUGACAGCGACAAGGGGGUGA